CGCGAAGCACACACGCCGCCCGGCCGCGGCGGAAAGUUUUCCCUGACGGAGUUUUGGCGGCGGCGGCCGGAGCGGCCAUGGACGCGCUGAAGUCCGCAGGGAGGGCGCUGAUCCGAAGCCCCAGCCUCGCCAAGCAGAGCUGGGGGGGCGGCGGCCGGCACCGUAAGCUGCCUGAGAACUGGACAGACACUCGGGAGACGUUGCUCGAGGGGAUGAUCUUCAGCCUCAAAUACCUGGGCAUGACACUGGUGGAGCAGCCCAAGGGCGAGGAGAUGUCUGCAUCCGCCGUCAAGAGGAUCGUGGCCACGGCCAAGGCCAGCGGGAAGAAGCUGCAGAAGGUGACUCUCAAGGUGUCUCCACGGGGGAUUAUCCUCACCGACGGCAUCACCAACCAGCUCAUUGAGAAUGUGUCCAUUUACAGGAUCUCCUACUGCACAGCGGACAAGAUGCAUGGCAAAGUGUUUGCCUACAUCGCCCAGAGCCAGCACAGUGAGAACCUGGAGUGCCACGCCUUCCUCUGCACCAAGCGGAAAGUGGCCCAGGCUGUCACCCUCACAGUAGCCCAGGCCUUCAAAGUUGCUUUUGAGUUUUGGCAGGUGUCCAAGGAAGAGAAGGAGAAGAGGGAGAAAGCCAGCCAAGAGGGAGGGGACGUCCUGGGCGGGGGCCGCUGCGAUAGCAGCCCCUCGUUGAAGAACCCCCAGGAGGCUCCAGGACGGACUAGAGAUGAGACCGGGAGACAGGAGGCUCCUCUCCUGCUGACGCAUCUGACGGGACCCCUCAUAGUGGUCGCCACUGGGAACCUGCUGGACUUGGAAGAGAAGGCCCCGCUCUCCACAGUCAGCGCCAAUACCACCAAUGUGGACGAGGCACCGAGGCCUCCAGCCUUGAACAACAGCAGCGUUGUCUGGGAGCUGGAUGACGACCUGGACGAAGCAUUUUCAAGGCUCGCCCAGUCUCGGACGAACCCCCAGGUCCUGGACACUGGACUGACAGCACAGGACAUCCAUUACGCCCAGUGCCUCUCGCCUGUCGACUGGGACAAGCCUGACAGCAGCGGCGCUGAACAGGAGGACCUCUUCAGCUUCUGAGCACCCAGCGCUGGCAGGACACGUGACCAGAGCCACCCGUGGUUGGGGUGCGGCAGCCCUAGGACCCCUGGCCACCCUUUCUGGUGGGCAGCUCUGUCAGCCUGCAGAUCAAAGCUGCAGCCAGUCAAGCAAAGGGAAGGGGAAACUUUUUUUUCACCCCGCUCUUUCUCUAAGAACUGCAGGAUGCCUUGAAUAUUUAUUCGGUGACUUCAGGUUCAGCUCGGAAGCUGGUUUUGUGUCAGGCAGAAGCACUGCGUUAUAACCAGCUUCCUGCCUUCACUUGAGCAAGCUCUGCCCUGCUGUGGGUGUCCGGACAGUGACCAAAGCAUUUCUUGCCCCUUUUCUCCAAGAGCCCAGGUCUCCCUGCAGGUGGCCCUGCUCCUCAUUGAAGGUGAUCGGAGCACUCAUUCCCGUUGCCUUUUGAGCGCAGGGGGCACCGCAGCCCCAGGAGAGGCCUGCAGCCUCCAGCUCGUCUGCUGCAGGGGCCCAGCAGGCCUGGGCUUGAGCCCCUGGCCCCCAGGGCUCUCAGAGGCAGCGGGCAGUCCCUGACCAAAGAUGGCACACCACUGGCACUUUAAAGCACGCACAGUAGGUGUGGCUCCUGGGGGCUGCUCCAUGGUGCUGCACGAAAAGAGCUUCCUCGCUGCCCUUCCACGAGAAAGGGCCCAAAGUCCCGGUGGGUGGUCCUGUCAGUGUUCUGACCGGUGUGACUGGCUGCCCACGGACCCCCAGAGCCGAGCUGCAACGGCGGUGAUCACCUGUACGUGACUGCCCUCCAUCGGGGUGCCCCGCCACACCCUUCUUCCCCAUGCUGGUGAGCUGUGCUCGCCCUUCCGUGUGUCUGCGCGUCUGUGUGUGUGUGUCCCCGAGCCCCGCCUCCCCUGCUUCCUGGGGGAACGUGUGAAGCCUCGCACCCAGAUUUGGGCAAGAGUAUUUUGUUGCCUUUCUAUAGAUGAGAGAACCGAGGCCACCAGCGUGGAAGGGGUAAAGUCUAGGGCAGAAGCCAGACCUGGUGCCAAAGCUGCCUUCUCACCUGCACCUCACACAGUUCACACCUCCUUUUUUCUAGCUUUGUUGUCCUCUCGGAAACCAAAAACCCCAGCUAUUUUCUGACCAAAAUGUGUUUCAUAACAAACCAUCUGGUGCCUUCCCCCAGAGCUGGCAUGAGCCUCUGUGCUCUGCUCGCUGUCUGGUUGCUGUUGAUUUCCGUGAAAAUGGAAGUGUUUGAAGUCUGUUCAUUCAGAGAGUUAAACAAAACCAAACUCCAAGCAUCCUGACACUCUGACCCUGGGUCGGGACACACAGGCAGCAGUCUGUUUUCAGGGUCUUCCUUCCUGCCUUCCUUUUCAUCUCCCCAGGGCUCCCCACAUCCUGAAACCCAGCCAAGCAGCCAGCAUUGUCUCCAUUCAGAGGUGCUUCCCGGGCCUGGCUUUGCCGACCUUAAGUGAGUUACUACUUAUAGUCGGAGCAGGUUUCGCCAGCCCAGGAGUAACACGCACCGUUCCUUAGAACCUGCUUGUCUAAGCUCUUGAACCAAAACACAAAGACAGAAGUGCCUGGGUGAAGGGUGGGUGGGAUUUAUGGGGUCUGUCAGAAUGUAGGCUUACCUUCCUUUCCUUGCCCAGCUCCCAGACUCCUGCUGCCCUUCCCAGACCUUGGUGUCAGCCCUUGUAUUUGUCAGCAGGCAGCAAGGGUGGGUCCUGACCACACGCCGUCCUUGGCACCGGGGCCCGGGAGCCCCAGAAAGGGCCGGGCCGCACUUGUGUGAGAUGGACGGUGGCCUUCAUUGUGGUCUCUGGCCACCAGCAGUCAGUGUGUGCUCCCUAUAGGUCUACAGAUAAGUCUUGUGCUUUGUUUGCUUUGUGUUGUAAAGGAAUUUCUAGUGGAAAAAAAAAAC